GAGGUAGAAAUUCAAGUAGAAGCAUUAUCGGAAAUUACACCGCUUUAGAUUUAAAACUGAAUAUUUGUCCUUUUGCCUAUGUAUUUCAACUGGCUUGAUGUCAAUGGAGAUCAUCUGUAGUGGCGCCGCCUCCUCCCGGUUAAAAGCUCCCCGGCAUUAUGCGUGAAGUUUGAGUGCUUGCGGAGCCGGGGACCAGUGCAAUGCGUUUAUGAAAAACUAUGAGGAACUCCAAGGGCUGCAGCUCUGUGGGCGCCCUGUACAACUUGUCAGCUAUAAGGAUGACGGAAUACAACGUUACCAAAUUCCUGAAUAGCACGAAAAUCAGCCGCUGCGUGUCCGUGGCUUUCCCAAUUACAAUGAUGAUAACUGGAAUGGUUGGGAAUUCGCUGGCUCUGUUGCUAGUGUACAGGUCUUAUAGGAAUAAAGCGGACAAGAGGAAAAGGUCCUUUCUUCUCUGCAUUGGCUCACUGGCAUUGACGGAUCUUUCUGGACAGCUCCUCACCAGCCCUAUAGUUAUAUCGGUCUAUUGGGCAGACUUAGAAUGGGAGCGGAUAGAUCCCAGUGGAGGACUGUGCGCUUUCUUUGGGGUGUGCAUGACUAUGUUUGGAUUGUGCCCACUUUUCCUGGCUAGCUCGAUGGCGAUUGAAAGGACUUUGGCCAUCACAUGCCCGCUCUGGUACGCCAACCACAUGAAAACAAGUAUUACAAAAUCAGCUCUGGCGCUCAUCUCAUGCCUUGUUUUGCUGUUCGCCCUGUUACCCAUUGCGGGUGUCGGCAAGUAUGAGCUGCAGUGGCCCGGCACGUGGUGUUUUAUUGACACUGGUGACAGGGACACUCUCGGCAAUGUGUUUUUUUCUACCACAUUUGCUGUGCUGGGAAUUUUUUCGUUACUUGUUACUGUUUUCUGCAACGCCAUCACAAUCAGAUUCCUCUUAACCCGUUGCAGAACUAAGCCUGGCUCGUCCCAGACGGCAAAGCAGUGGGAGAAAUUAACCAUGGAGACUGUCAUCCAGCUGUUGGGGAUAAUGUGCGUGCUGGUCAUCUGCUGGUCCCCGCUGCUGAUAUUAAUGCUGAAGAUGAUCUUAACACAGAGGUCCUCACAUCUGUGCAAGACCAAUGCAGUGCCAUCCAGCUGUGGCCAGGAGCCCAAGGUCGACUGCAACUUCUUCCUCACCGCCAUCCGCAUGGCAUCUCUGAACCAGAUCCUCGACCCGUGGGUGUACCUGCUGCUCAGAGAGAUCUUACUUCGGAAGUUCUGCCAGAUGGCCACAGCAGUAUCCAACUUCUCCAAAGAGGCACAUAAAGAACCAGCCGGAACCCUGGACGCUCUCAACAAGGCAGCCAUUGAUAAUGACAUAACAGAGAAGCAAUGACAUAGCAAAGCAUCACAUGCUGACUACUACCACAAGCACUGAUAAUAAUAACAAAUAUGUUGCAUCACUUUUACCUGUACAGCAUAAAAAGUGCAGUACAGUAGACUGAAGGAUUAAACCAAGAUGCAUGAAUCAUGUGAGGUUCAGGCAUAGGAAAGAAAACACAAAAAAUUAGUAAAAUGGCAAAAAACAGCAAUAACACCAUGGUUUCCUUCAGAGAAUCUGGUAAAAAAAAAAACAGACUAAUCAAAAGCAAGAGUAAACUGGUAUGUCUAUAGGUAUCUUCCAUAGGCUUCCAUUGUGCAAACGUUUUUAAGCUGGAUCAGGAGAUAUUUUUUUUAGCUUAGGAUGUUGGUAACUGAAAAUUGACUCAUUUUGAAUGGAUCAAUGAGAUGACCAACAGGUUACUAUUUAAAUGAGCAGCUACUGGCUCUGGUUAAGGAGAAAGGAGCAGAAGUGGGGGGGUAACACCUAAGCCAAGGUUCUGCAGCAGGAGGUGGCAGGGAGACGUUCCAGGGUCAAAGGGGCCAAACGCUGCCGAUUCGUGGAACCUGGUUGACGACCCUGCAGCUGACUUAUGGGCACCGGAGGAGGUGCGACCAGCAGUAAUGCCAAAGCAGGUCAACACCUACCUGAAUAAUCAAUGGCAAAAGCAUUCUGGAAGGGAUAUCUUAACAACCAGGUCACUAAGUUGGAGGGGGGGGCAGAUUGUGAUGACACACGAUUUUUAAAUCACUUAUAUAAACCAGCAGAGAGCUUUGAGGAGAGGGGAAAUACUGUUUUCUGAACUCAUUGGAGGCUGUUAACAUUGCUUGUACAAAGGUCUGAUAACAGAAUACUAUGCUAUAAGAUGAUUCAUUUAAGUUGCCUGAAUCACAACUGGAAAAGUAAACCUAUCUUUACUAAGUCUAUGGCAUAUUACAGGUAAAUGUAGUGCAAAUUAUAAAGAUAUAAUACUUCCUUAUAUUUAUUGAUGUUGUAAUUGACACUGUGGCUGAAAGCUUUGUAGUAAGUGGCUUUUGGCUUCUCACCUGGAAGUUCACAGAUGGAGAAGUAAGGAAGUUAUGCACGGAUUUUUUGUUUGUCUGAAGCAUGUGACGUCAGUUCGACAUUCAGCCAGCCUGAGAUGGACCUCUCAGCCAUCUUCUGGGCUCGGAUGUUCUCUGGACAUUUUUUAGGAACACUGUGAAGCAGCACGUCAGUCCUUCAAAGAACUUCAAAGAUUACUUUUACAUUUACAGUCCACAGAAGGCUGCGUGUACAUAAGGUUUGGCUGGAUAUUUUUUUCCACAGAACAGAAUAAACACCACCAGCAGCGGGUCCUAAAAUUUAAAAAAAUAUCUAAUCCACCAUGUAAGUGGUAUUUCAGAAUGAGAUGAAGUGAGAAGGGAAAAAUGAUCCACUGUGCUCUCUAAAGUACUGCAAAAAAAUGAAUGUAUGCUCUUAUCUGUACAUAAGUGUUCUAUAUUUCUGAUUGUUUUUCGCUACCCAAUGAAUUUAAGGAGCUGAGGGAGUGGCUAAGUACCGGCUGCACUCCAGGCUACAUGGAGAGCACCCUUAUCAGACCAUAAGGAGUGAGAAUAGAAGCUGCUAUGGAUGACAAGAGCCAGGUUUAGAGCUCACCUUAGAGCUCGUAUUUGUACUGACCAGCCGGAUUUAAUGUCAAAACAAGACUAUGACAUUCUCAGUGUUGUGUCUGGUGUAGCGAUUCAGUCAGUGCGUUAGCUAGCUAUAACACAGUCAGCUAAAUAGUAUAACUACUAGUAAAAUGUAAUGAUGUUUAAUAACAUGUGGAAUUUCUGUGUAAUGUAUGGUCUAGCUCAUUGAAUUUACCAUGAAGAAUGUGAACUCUCAGUAGUUUUUCUUGCCUUUUAUAAAACUAAGUAUAGGAAGCACCACAGAGAGAGACAGAUUCACCACGUGUGUCCUUCUCUCCAUCCAUCACCUAGGUUUACUCACCUUUAAUCCUAGAUUAUUUCAACAACAUCUGCUUUUUAAGACAAGUGAAAUACGGAAGAUGUGUUCUUCACUAAUUCACAUCAUUCCCAGCCAAUGGAGAUUUAUACAAGUAUAGAAGAGGUGCUGAUGAGAUAUGAAGAUGUUUAUUAAUCCUACGAAAGGAAAUUUCGGAUGUAGUGGCUAGUACAUCAAACAGAAGAGCAUUAUAAUGCCAUUAGCUACAUCCUGGAAAUAAUUCCAUCUAUAGUCAGAAAUGCGGCAGACAUAGCACAGAGCUGAGCUGAGUACUUUUAUUGGCUUUUAUGCCUUUUGAACAUUGCAGAUGAACACUCAUUUUAACUGACGGGUGUUCAUUUGGAAGAGCUACCCAUAAUUAGCUUUUAACACUUCUAAUCCUGGAUUCUUUCUCGUGAAGAAUUUCCCAAACUACUUUAAUUAUAGUUUACUGUCAUCACACUAUGUGUAACCUAAUGACUGUAAAACACCAAACUGCUCCUGAUGACAACGAACCUUACGUUAGAGUCAUUUAACAAUGUGAUUUAUUGUCAAUUUCCCUUCCAGCUAGUGUGAACUUGAAACAGCUGGCUUGUUGCUUUUCAGAAAGUUAAUUAUGGCUAAUUGAUUGCAAAUUGUAAAUCAAAUUGUUUGGGGUUUUUAGACACCCUGGAACAGUGUUUUUCAGCCCAAUCCUCUGGGAUCUCCGGACAGUCCAUGUUUUUGCUCCCAAGGGAGCAAAAAUGUGGAUUGUCUGGCAGGGAACUGGGUGGGAGCAGAAAUAUGGACUGUCUGGGGGAUCCCAAAGACCGGGUUGGAAAACACUGACCUAGAAAACUUCUUGUAUUUACUUCUGGCAAGAGUGCCAUGCCUGUAAUUUUUUAUUUUUUUAGUUUGUAACAGUUCUAUGAAUUUGAUUGCACUGAGCACUGCAGAUCAUGAGUGUUGAGCAUUUUGGCUUCUUUAUUAUUCUUUAUUAUUAUUAUUCUUAGAAUUUUUAUUUUUUAAAUAGAAGGAAGACCAAGUGAAAAUGAGAGGAGCUAUUUUCCUGAGACAAAACUGUGUCAGCCUUGUUUUCACAGAUGUCAGAGUCACUGGAUAAAAUCAUUCAUACUGUAUAAUUAGAUUGUUCCACGAUUAAUGAUGUUGAACAUUUAACUAAAGCUUUUCAAAAACUUGACCAGUUUUUCAAAGGCUUGAAAUGCAGAGUUGGUUAGAAUAUACUCCUCAGUAACCAAGAUGUGUGGAGCAGCGGCGCUUCACCAUUCAGAAAUCUGCAGCCAUCUGUGCCAAGAAGAGGCAUUUACUUUAUUCUCUGAAUGUAAUUUCAAUGUCCUGGAGAAUCUACCAGUGCAAAAUGGCUUCAGUUUGUCAUGCCAUGUAAUUCAAGCAGCUAUACUGACUGGUUUUCUGGAGGCAGGUAAUAAUCUUAAUAAUAAUUCUUUUGGGAAUCCUGUUAGGAACACAAAGAAUCACGAGAACAGGGGUGUACAUUGCCAAAAAAAUUAUUUCAAUGAUUUUAAGUGUAUUUUUAUCUUGCAAUUAAUGAUAUGUGUACAGACCUAUAUUUAUGUGCAUCUGUGGGGUGUUUUUGACUGAAUUUCUGUAAUGUGAAAGUUAUUUAUUACUAAAUUUGUCAUAAAGCCACAAAUGAAGCAGAGGUUCUAAAAUCACACAAGGUACAAUAUUUUACAAAAGGAGGAGAAUCUAUCUACACACUCAUGUUUUAAUGCUGAUUAAUAAUUUACUUAUAAAACGAAAUGUUGUUCAUGUAAAUAAGAUAUGUAUCAUGAAAGUCAAUAUGAUUUCCAUUCCAUUUUGAGCACUUAAAUGUUGCAUGAAAAAAUAACCCAGAGCGGUUGCACCUAUAACACUAAUAAUUGCGAGUACAUCAGCAUUGUGAAUGCUUAAUGAAGGCUGACAUUGUGUUGUGACCCACUUAAAAAGGUAUACUGCUAUACUGCGAUCCAUUAUGUACACAUUCCACUGACUCACGGGUCGUUAAUAAAUUACAUUUGAACUACUGGA